AUGUCCUCCGCGAAUCCCGAUUACAAGUGGCGGCCAGUCCCAACCAACCAUUUUCGUUACUUGAGGGCCUGCAUGGUCUGCGCCGUUGUUCUCACUCUCGAUGAGUUCACAAGAAAGGGGUGUCCUAACUGCCACCCUGUUCUCGACUACACUACUGGUUCCGACCUCGCUCAAAUGUGCACGUCUCCGAUAUAUGAAGGCUGCAUUAGUAUCGACAAGCCAACUGAGAGCUGGAUUGCAAAGUGGCUGAGACUGGAUAAAUACGUCCCGGGCGUCUACGCGACAAAAGUUGUCGGUGAUCUCCCUGAGGACGCCAUGGAUUAUCUCAAUGCCGAGAACAUCGAAUACAUCCCCCGCGAUGGUAGCGAAAAUAAUCUGGAGUAA